AUGUAUGGAGGAAAUUUCAACAUACCUGAAUUUAUAUUAAAGCAUGAAAAAAAUGAAAAAGAAAGAUUAAAAAUUAAAAGAAACAAAUACCUUAAAAGGAAUAUAUAUAAAGAUAAUUAUAGUUUCAUUUAUUUCAUUUUUCUACAUAAUAUAAAUGAACAUGUUGAAAUAACUACAAAUCAUUUUGAUUUACUAAAAGGUCAACUUGAAGAAUUAAAAAAAAAUACAAACAACGAUAUAAAAGGAAUCAUUUUAAAAAAUGUAAUAAAAAGAAAUAACAAUAAUUAUUCUUAUUUUUCCAAAUUGUAUAUUCCUAUAACAAAUAUAUAUACAUGUAUGCCGGAUAAUAUUUGUUCAAGCGAAAAAAAUAGAAACCCAGAAAGCAAGCCCUUUUGUGAUCUUAUUGUAAGUGGCUAUAAAAAUCAGAUGAUGAAUAAAAUUUAUGAAAAGUUUAAAAAAUUAGGAAACCAAUAUGUAUAA